UGGCGGCGCUGUUCCCCGCGCAGUCCUUGAAGCGGGGUCCGGACUGUGCGAGGUCCGGUGACGGCACUGCGACCCAGGCUGGUGUCCGACCUCGGGUCGCGUCCCAGGCCGCUCCCCGGGCCCCGCGUCCCCUCCCCCGCUGGCGGGGCCCGGACUGAAGAUGGUGCAGAAGAGAGCAGCCGAACUUCAAGGCUUCCACCGUUCGUUCAAGGGGCAAAGUCCUUUCGAGCUGGCCUUCUCCUUAGACCCCACCCAGCACGGGGACACUGACUUCAGCCCAGAGUGUGAGGCUCGACCUGACAUGCCCUCCAGCCAGCCCAUCGACAUUCCGGAUGCCAAGAAGAGAGGCCGGAAGAAGAAACGUUGUCGGGCUACCGACAGCUUCUCAGGCAGGUUCGAAGAUGUCUACCAGCUGCAGGAAGACGUGCUGGGAGAAGGGGCCCAUGCUCGUGUGCAGACCUGUGUCAAUCUGAUCAGCAACCAGGAGUAUGCUGUCAAGAUCAUCGAGAAGCAGUUGGGCCACAUCCGCAGCAGGGUGUUCCGGGAGGUGGAGAUGCUGUACCAGUGCCAGGGACAUAGGAAUGUCCUAGAGCUGAUUGAGUUCUUUGAGGGGGAGGACCGCUUCUACCUGGUGUUUGAGAAGAUGCGCGGAGGGUCCAUCCUGAGCCACAUCCACAGAAGGCGCCACUUUAACGAGCUGGAGGCCAGCGUGGUGGUGCAGGACGUGGCUAGUGCCCUGGACUUCCUGCAUAACAAAGGCAUCGCCCACAGAGACCUAAAGCCCGAGAACAUUCUGUGUGAGCACCCCAACCAGGUCUCCCCGGUGAAGAUCUGCGACUUUGACCUGGGCAGUGGCAUCAAACUCAACGGAGACUGCUCUCCCAUCUCCACACCUGAGCUGCUCACCCCGUGUGGGUCGGCUGAGUACAUGGCCCCAGAGGUGGUGGAGGCCUUCAGCGAGGAGGCCAGCAUCUAUGACAAGCGCUGCGACCUGUGGAGCCUAGGCGUCAUCCUCUACAUCCUGCUCAGCGGCUACCCGCCCUUCGUGGGCCACUGCGGCAGCGACUGCGGCUGGGACCGAGGGGAAGCCUGCCCAGCCUGCCAGAACAUGCUGUUCGAAAGCAUCCAGGAGGGAAAGUAUGAGUUCCCGGACAAGGACUGGGCCCACAUCUCCUUCGCCGCCAAAGACCUCAUCUCCAAACUGCUAGUCCGAGAUGCCAAGCAGAGGCUGAGUGCUGCCCAAGUCCUUCAGCACCCAUGGGUGCAGGGGUGUGCCCCAGAGAACACCCUACCAACACCGUUGGUUCUGCAGAGGAACAGCUGUGCCAAAGACCUCACGUCCUUCGCGGCUGAGGCCAUUGCCGUGAACCGGCAGCUGGCCCAGUGUGAGGAGGACGCCAGGCAGGACCAGCCCGUGGUCAUCCGAGCUACCUCACGCUGCCUGCAGCUGUCCCCACCCUCCCAGUCCAAGCUGGCCCAGCGGCGCCAGAGGGCAAGCCUGUCUGGUACCCCCGUGGUCCUUGUGGGGGACCGUGCCUGACCCCCACCAGCCCCUUGUAUAUACGCCCCUGCCCUGCAGGGCCUGAAGGUUAGAAACCUGGGUGCCCUGCCCCUUGCUAUCCUAGGCACCAGCUCAGCUGGGUCCUACUGGGGGAUGUAGGGUUCUGUUGGGAGGUGUUUUCUUUUUCUCCCUGUCCUCAACUCCUGCCCUGCCUAUUUGGCUUUGUUUGGUUUUGUUUUUACCACUUUUGAAAGCAAGUGCCCAGGAGGAGGGCGGAGGGUUUGGGCCACUCAGCCUGCACCCCACGAUGCUCGCCUGUAAACUGUGAAGCUCCUGCCACCUGCACCCCCACCUCCACUCCAGCCAUUCUGCUGUCUUCCAGGGCUGGGGGUCCCGCAGGGUCAGCACCCCUCACCUCUCCCGAGCCCUCAGUAUCGUCAGGACAGGCUCUCCUGGUGAGCAGUGGCCCUUUUAUCUGUCCCCACCAGAGCACCCUUGGGUCUGGGGCAGGAGAUAGAGAUAGAGACCUCUGGGGCAGAUGGGGACAACGCACCUGCUUGAUUCCCCAGUCCCUGUAACCUACCUGCCCUGUCCUUUGGAGGGUUGACAAUCAAAAUCUCCUCCCAGGCUGCUUAGCUCCUUGCCCUGGAAGAGACCCAUAGCUGCCAGUCCCCCUUCCCAGGAGCAGGGCCUGAGGACCUGUGCCCAGCCAGCUCCACCAUGGCGGGAGAGGUGCUGGACAAGUCCCCGUGUGUCUCCCCACCAGGGCACCUGAGUGCCCCUUCUCAGGGCUCAGCCUGACCAUGGCCACAGCUUGCCCGAUGCUGCCCCUGGGGUUCAUGAGCUCUCCUGGCUCCCUUAUGUUACCCUGAGCUGUAGCCACACUCAGAGGUCCCUACCUUCCUCUGCCCCCAAGGACAGGGUGGGGGGUGCCUACCUUCAGGAAAGGAGCCAGCGCUGCCUGGGCCUCCCUCUGGGCAUCUGAGCAGGGCUGAGGAGGCACUGGGUGGGCCUGCAGUGCCCCAGGCCUGGGGGCUGUUUCUAGCCAUGAGCUACUAUGCAAUACGAGUUCCCAUUUUCUCCGUGGCCCUGCUGGACGGGGAGGUGGGGGAGGGGGGGCUUUGGGGACCAGGCCACCCUGCCCUACAUUCUGCUCAGGUGUCUCCAGGGCUCCUGGCUCAAAACCCCUUGGUCAAGAUUGUUUAUUGAGUUUAGUUUAGGCUUUUUUUUUUUUUUUUUUUAAGAAAUAAUUUGACUUGCUUCCCUGUUCUUGAAGAGUACUUGAAUGUUGGGGUCUGGUGGGUGGUGGCUUGGGAUACCCACUGCCCAGCACCCUCCUCCCCAGUCUCAUAGGAUCAUCACAGUGGGAGAGGUUGCCUUCAGUCCUGCCUUGGGAUACAUUUCCAAAGACCCCCGGGGGGCUCCCAGGCACCCGAGGACUAGCCCCUGCAGGGCUGUCACUUCCUUGGUCUUCUCUGUGUCCAACCUGGAGGACGGGGCAGACCCCUUAACUGUGAAAGAGACAUCCAUGGCUUGGCCACCAACCAUGCUGGAUUCUGUAAGAUGAGACCUGCUUUAGGGCGGGGCGUGCAAGCACUUUCAGCUCAAUCCUGCCAGCUGGAAAGACCACAACAGACUCCUUUCCCACCGACUGUCAACGCCAGGAUUUUGUAUUCUGUUUUAUAAGGAUUUAAUAAAAGUCA